AUGGGCGUGGGCGUGCGGCGUGGGUGGUCUCGUGACGCCGACAUGGGACGACGACGACGCGAUCGUCGACCGGGACGACGACGACGCGCGGCGACGCGGGAGACGAUCGCGGCGUCGGCGGGUGGGGUCGAUCGCGCGCCGGGAUCACGCGCGGGGUCGGUGAUGCGCGGGGUCGAGAUCGCGACCACGGGGGCAUUCGAUGGGACGGAUGACGACGACGAGGACGAGGACGAGGCGACGACGACGACGAGCUCGGCGCGGUGGGACGACGACGACGACGACGAUGCGGACGCGUGGGGUGAAGGAGGGGUCGCGGCGCGUCCACGGACGUCUUCGGACGGUGAGUCGACGUCGAGGCGUCGGAGGAUUCGAUCGCGCGACGCGGGCGACGCCCGGGACGCGGAGAAUUCUCGCGAGGCGUUGAAAUUGUUGUACAUGGUGUCCCUGUACACGGGCGACGGCGGUGGAAGGGGGGGUGCGGACGCGAGAGGGAAAGGGCGGACGGUGUGGAUGCGGGCGCUACCGAUUUUGGUGUUCAUGUACGAGGGCAUCGUGUCGAGCGGCGAACGGCGAUGCUUCGAGUACGACUACGCGCCGGUGAUGGAGCGCGUGUACGGGUCGACGCCGCGGUACAUGAACAUCAGCGAGGACGGACGGAAUGAUUUAGACAAUCUACUCGAGCGCGGGUUGCUCACCGCUUUGAAAGUGACGUCGGAGACGUACGAUCACUCGACGCUGCUAAAGAUUUCGGAAAAGGGAGCCGACUUCUUACAGAGGUGCGUCGCGAGCGGCGCGCUCUCGCCGGGCGACCGGCGGGGCAUCGAACUCUUGUGCGGAUAUCCAAAUUUACUGGACGUUCGAUUCGAUCAAGAGACAAAGUCGUUCUAUCUACACGAUCCGUCGCCGCACUCGAAGACGCCCGCGCUGCGCUCGACCAUCACCGACGUGGAGGACGUCCCGUACGUCUCUUCGCCGUACAUCCCCAGGAGUUACCUCUCGAACGAGGCGUUCGCGCCGAAUCCUGAAAAGGGGUACAGAAAGGCCCGACGCGUCCUUAAGCUGGAGGGGAUGUCACUCGCCGAGCAACAGGAGCGAGCGAUUCGGGAUGCGCGCUUGGACGAACAAAUUCUCCUGAACGAGGUCAGAGUGCUCUUCACCGAGUACGUACCCAUGGGCUCAAACGAGAUGGUGGCGUUUUGCUCCGCCCUCGGUACGAGCGAGCGCUUGAGUGGCGGGCUAUUUUGUGGGGAAACGCGCAGUCGUGCGCACUUUGACAUGGUCGUCGGCGUCGACGCCGCCAAGCUCACCAAGAUUAAGGUUUUGGACGCCGACGACGUGCGAUACGCCAACGUCGAGGCGGAUCUCCUCGCCACGGCGAUGUCGACAGACAAGGACAAAGCGCACCAAAUCGAAAACUUUGGAAUAAACUUCCGCGAGAAUGGAAUCGUGACGUACGGUCUGGUGGUGAACGGCAUCGCGAACCGCAUCAGGGAUAACAUUAGCGUCGAUCUUCUCGCGCGCGUGCUCUCCGAUGCGCACGAAGACACGUCGCUCGUGGUGGAAAACUUGUUUAGCAAUCGUCAGCGCGCGAUGCUGGAAACCAUUUUCAAGGGUGCGCCGUCCACUCGGGAUAAGUUUGUGUGCAUCAUGGCUGAGCGCGCGAAUCCAAAGCUCACAGCGGCGGCGUACAUGGACGGCGAGGCGCUCGAGAAUGAGUUGAAGCAAGUCAUCGGCGCGACGUACUUUGCCCACGAUCUCAACGAACAAGAGGUAGUGAUAUUUGGUACGCGCGGCGUUCUCAUCUUUGGUCCGCGCACUGAACGUCACCACAAGCUCCUGUCGUUGUACUCUGAUCUCCAGGCGCGAUCUGUCUUCAUCAAAAGCGUCUAUGCGAGUUGUUUCGCGGCGAGCGACGAACUGAAAAAGACGCGCAAGCUCAUCGAUAACUAUUUGGAUGAUCCCAUGAACGUCACGCGAAUACGCUCUCGCAUCUCGAAUCAUAUGAACAAGCUCACGCUUCUGGACGCGGUCCAAAAGUUUUUGGUCGAGUCAGUCGAGGCGGUGGAGGAGAUAUCGAGGGAACGACUGAGCGAUCUGAGCGACGACGCGUCGCAGACCCUAUUCGACGUCCUCACUCUGAGCGAUUCUCACAGGCGUCUAUUGAGACGAGCGGUGGACUUGGAGAAAAUCAUCGCGGCGUGUUGGAACGAUCUCGAGUCUCUGCAAGAGAUGACGCACGUCAUCGGCUCGCGCAGAAAGCUUCGCGUCAACGAAGCCAUCGAGGGAACGACGAGGAAUCUCGAGGACGCGUUCCGGGCGCAGGCCCGCAACAGCACCACGCUCGAACUCACGCAGGUUAUUCUCUCUGGCACGCUCGCGUUCGAUAUCCUUGACAGAUUUUCGGGGCAGUAUCUAUCGUACGUCGAUAUUCGCUGGGCGGUGGAGAGCAUUCAGCCGUACGCUGUGAACGUCCCGAUGAUUUGGUUCGUGCUGAACAUGUGCGCGUGGACCGUUGUCGGGGGAAGCAUCUUGUGGCUCAUGCGACAUCUCGCGUUCAAGCACUGUUCGGUGGAAACGUCAAAGAUCACGCUGAACAAGCCGAUUCACCUCGCGCGUUGGCGCCGUUUCAUCACCUCGCGCGAUGUAGAGUCGACGACGUCGACGCAAUCCGGAAAGCAGCGCGUCGUCAAGUACGGAUGGACCGAACCGAGAGAUGAAAAGUGGCGAGGCCUAUCUCCGAAAUUCGAGGUCGUCGUGGACGAGCGCUACGGUUUCAUCCUUCACGCGUUCGUCGUCGUCAACAAGCGCCUGUGCGAGACGUCGGCGAACGACGCGUGGCGACGACUGUGGUUUGACGUCUUCGUCGCUCGCGAAAUCUUCGACGCGAGAAGAGAAAAGUUCGACGUGAUCACGGGCGAUCGCUUGUCCCCCGCCGCCGACGAAGAAAACGACGACGACAUCGUCCAUCGAAGACGUCCCGGCGCGUCCACGCGCGCGGGGUCUCGCGUCCGCGCCUCGGCCCGUCGCCCGAGCGCCGCCGACGACGACGACGCCGACGCCGACGCCGACGACGACGCCGACGAACACUUUCGACGUCCGCGAGAGGAGGUCACGUUCGACGAUUUCGUCGCCGAGCGCGCGCGAUCGAUCCAUCCGUCCCAUAGUUCACAUCAUCAUCAUCAGUAA